UCUCUGCCUCAUCUUUCGUUGUUCUUUGCGUGUGUUAUCUUGUCACUCGGACCCGAUUCUGAUUAAGGUAGUGACACUGAGCGGCGAGCUCUAUCGAGUCACCGAAGAACAUACCUUCACCCCCUCGACCUCGACGCAGGCGGACCUGCCGCUCUUCUACAAUUCAAUUUCUGCAAAGACCUGAGACAGGACAGCUCUACUAAAGGAUGUCUUCGCGCGCUUUGCGUAAGGCGCAGCGCGAACGAGAAGAGGCAGAAACAUUGAAGAGACUGGAGCAGGAAGCGCAAGCCCUUGAAGGGGAAGAAGAUGACGAGGAGGAAGCCGAGCCAGUGCCUGUAAAGCAGAAGAGCGCCUUUGAGCUACUGCAAGAGCAAGAGGAAGCCGAGGAAGAGGCAGAAGAGGACGAGCAAGACGACGGAGAAGACACGAUACCGGACGAGCCAGUCGCAGCAGCGCCGAAGAGCACUACGAACAAGAAGAAAAAGCGGAAGAAGAAGAAGGGUAAAAAGGCGGACGAUACGAAAGACAACGCGCAGACAGGCGCGGAGCUGGAUGAGAUUGAUGCUGCGCUGAAAGAGUUGUCGACAAAUGGCAAUGGAUUGCAGCAGCACACCACAGCAGCUGGAGUGGAUUACACCUUGAACGAGGCGAAUCGUCUUCUAGCAGUGGACACAUCACAUCUGCAUGCGGCAAAUGAAAUGAGGCGGCUGUUCGGACGUGCUGCGCUGGAAGCAGAUCGCGAGGAUGGUGCAGCUCCUCGACACGGCAUGGGCGGUGGCAAUCGACGACAGCAACGACAGCAAGUCGGUCUGAGAGAGGCUCUGCGAGGAGGUCAUCGGCAGGAUGGUCGAUCUGGUCUGUCUGCCAUGGCGUUGCGGAGAAACAUUUUCAUCCAGGGCAAGGAAGACUGGCCACAGGCCACGAGUGGCGGCUUGGGCAUGGAGGUGGAGGAGAAGCGCGCUGAUGGUACUAUUCUGUACAAGUUUGUGCACAAUACGUCUUACCAAGGUGUGCAGUCGCAGUUUGAGACUUGUGUUGCCUCUAUGGAUCCACAGCGUAUGAUUGUGCUGCUUCAACACAACCCGUACCACAUCUCGACAUUGCUCCAGGUCUCCGAAAUCGCGAAGCAGGAGCGCGAUUUCACUACUGCUGGAGAUCUCCUAGAACGAGCGCUCUUCUCGUUUGGCAGAGCCGUACACAGCACCUUCGCCAAGACAUUAGCGGAUGGCAAAGCACGAUUGGACUUCCGCAGACCAGAGAAUCGAGAAUUUUGGCUGGCGAGUUGGCGAUAUAUGCAAAACUUGACGAUGCGAGCCACCUAUCGCACCGUAUAUGAGUGGACGAAGAUGUUGCUGUCGCUUUCGCCGCAAGACGAUCCUUACGCACUGUGGCUGGUGCUGGAUCAGUAUGCUCUACGAUCGAAAGAACACCUCGACUAUGUCAAUAUCAGCCGCAACGUCCUUUUCACACCGGUGCACGAAGGCAUGCCCAAUGUGCAGUUGAGUCAAGCUUUGGCAGAAUGUUCGGCAGGAAACAAGAGCAAAGGUCAACAGCUGCUGUUCUCUGUAGUCGGCAAAUACCCCUGGUUUGUAGCUCGGCUGAUGCACGAGCUCAACAUCGACGCGCCUCCCGCUGUAUGGGGUAAAGAAGCAGGCUCGACCAAGGAAAAGCUCUAUGCCGAACUAUACGCCACACGAGCAAAAGACUUGUGGAAUACUCCCGAGCACACCGAACUGCUCCUGGAGAUUGCCAGCGCCGUACCUGCAGAAACGCCCUCUGCAACGACCGAUUCGUCCGAGAUCACACCCAACAUCGCCAGACAUGUACUCCUAUCCGACACUCCAGCGCUCAUCGCCCUCGUACCUCGAGAAUACACCAGCCAACUCGAAAGCUCAUCCGACCCUCUCCCACCUUUCGACUCCAUCGUCUCCUAUCACCUAGAGCAGCGAACACAGCAGCAACCCGCUCGAUCAGGCCCAGCCUCAGCCCGCACUCAGCAACAACAAGAACAAGCCGUCCUCGCCGCAAUCCGCCAAGCUCUCGCACGUAUGCCCCAACAAGAAGAUCCCCAAUACGCAGAAACCCACUCCGUCGCACGAUUCUUCCGCGACCUUUUCCCCUGGUACAAUCAGCGCUAUCCGAGAAUCCACGACGGCGAGGAGGAUGAAAAUGAGGAUGAAGAAGAAGAGGACGAGGAAGAGCAGCCACCCGCUACAGCAGAAGAAAUGAUGACUCAAGUUCGCGAAGCAGGGCGUGAAAAUGCUUUUGAAGAGUACGCGAGACGUUUCAUUCGAUUGCGAGGCGGCGAGCAGCCGGAAUUGGAUGUACAACGUGUUUUUCGCAUGUUGACGCAAGGCGCGCCAUUGGAGCCGGAGAUUCCGGGAUUGGGCGCUCUUGAAUUGCGGCAAUUUGAAGAGAUGUUGGGGAAUGCAGGGUUGGAUUUGGGACAGGUGGUGAGGCAUGAUGAGCAGCGUAUGAAUGGGGCUGAUGAUGAUCAUGAUGAUGAUAGUGAUGAUGAUGGUGGUGAUGAUGGGUUUGAAAUGCCAGGCGGCUUUCGAUAGAAUUACAUAAUCUACCUCACCUAACCUACACGACGAGCGUAACUAAGGUAAGGUAGGUACCUAUAGGUAGGUAUGUAGUCUUGACAGAAUAGUUCUUCGCGUCGACAGUGGCGCCCGCCUGGAAAGUGUUACUGGACGAUUUUCUUUUUUUUUUUUCUUUUUCUUUCCGGAUCGUGUACUCUCGUUGAAUCCUGCUCAAUAUGGCCAUAUUCCUCCUGAUCGCCGAAUUUGUCAAAUAUUUGUGUGGUUAGGUAGACAGAAGUGAGGCGGAGAGAGAGAGGACCAUCAAGUGUGGCAAAAUGUAGGUUUUCGACUGUUUUUGACCAUCUAUUUCUGCUUGGCAAUCAGAUCAGACAAAGGAGACAUGGCGUCUUCCCGAUCCAAAAUCACCUCUAUCAAGUUCAAGCCUGCGACAGUGCGCUCGUCUGCACGAUCCAGGGCUUGACGCAGUUCACCCACGGUCUUUGCAACAGCAGUGUGAGAGACGUACUCUCCAGUAGCCUCAUUACUCUUCUCUGCGACACCAAAGAAACUCGGCGCUUCCAGGUACCUCCAUCUUGCCACGUCGUUGUAGCCCUGAUCUUUCCCAUGAAUACAUCGUUCGAUGGUGUAGCCAUCAUUGUUCAGCAGAAUGAUUGUGACGUUGAGCUUUUCCCGGAUGAUGGUGGACAGCUCCUGCACCGUCAUCUGAAAUGAACCGUCUCCUAUCAGAAGGACAGCGCGAGGUAAUCUCUCCUCAUGACGUGGCCACUUGCCAGCUUGAUCGAGUUCUCUCUGAGCAAGGGCGGCACCUUGACAUGCUGGUAACAUGUACCCAAUCGAUAGCCAUGUGGCAGGAUUGAAGAAUCGAACAUGCUUCGGCAAUCUGAAGUCGCGGAUGCCAUAUCCUGCGGUGCCCGUCUCGCCCAUGAUGAUAUCUCCCGUGCGUAAGUAGUUUUGCGUGAGGGCGUAUAGGUUUCUUUGGUCUAGCUUCUCGGUAUCUGAAGAUUCCAGUGCUGAUUUGGUAGUCUGUGCUGUAUGCUCUGCGGGUACCUUGUGCAGCUUUGUAACAUCAACCUCGUUGAGAAGCAGUGACAGAAACUGCUUGGCAGGUAGGUCGCGGAAGAUUUUGUCCUCGGAAGUGACAGACGAGGACUUGAAGAAAAUGGUGGUCUUUGUGGGAGGAAUUCCGGUCGAAAAGUAUGAGUUGGUGCCGGAGAAAUGUGGUCCAAAGCACAAGACCAGAUCGGCGGUCUUGAUGUAGUCCUGGUAUUCUUGAGGAGCCCAUUGACCCUUGUACACGCCACGCACAUUGGGCAAAGUCUCGUCAACACAUCCCUUUCCGAAAUUUGAGGUCCAAGUGGGCCAGCCAGUGGCCUCAAUAAGCCGGUGAAGCUCUUCCAGAAUGCCAUACGCUAAGCUCUCGCCGUCAACAUAGAUUGCUGGCUUCUCAGCUUUGCUCAUCCGAUCCUUAAGAAGACUAAUAGCGGGAGCCUCAUUGGCAGAGGAGGUGGCGCGUAGAAUCUCGAUAGGCGUCUCGAGUGUGGCACUGCUCACCGGGACUGCAACCAUGUCCACAGGAAUCUGUAAGUAGAUUGGACGACUGUGAAGCAGGCAUUGUGCCAGAGCAGCGUCGAGAAGAGCGGUAGCAGUCCGCGGGUCCGAGAGGUCGGCUUGUGCUACGGUGACAUGUUUGUACAUGGCGGCGAAGUGGCCAUAUUCGCCAUCGUUCAGUGUGUGAUGGAUCAGACUCCGCGACUCAUGUUGAUGUCUGGUGGGGGUGCCGACAAUGUGUAUGACGGGGGCGAGCUCGGCAUAGGCUCCUGCAAUAGCGUUGACUGUGGAGGAUUCGAAGUUAGAGAAGACGGGACGGGCAUGUAUAGGUAUACCUCCUAGGAGGAAAAGACAGGAAGGAGACGGGAUGGGCCGGUGACUAACUCGCACUCAGCUCUCCCACACCAAAGGUGGUGAUCAAGGCUCCAAUGCCUUUGAUUUUCGCAUAGCCAUCCGCAGCAUAGCCUCCAUUGAGCUCGUUGCAGCUGCCCGUCCAGUGCAAACCUUGUGGCUCGACGUAAUCAAGCAGCUCCAAGUUGUAGUCGCCAGGAACACCGUGAAUGGUGCCAACACCGAGCUGCUUGAGCCUGGUGAAGAGAUAUUCGGCCAGCUUGAUCUCGGAUGGCAUGAUGGACUGUACUUCUUGGCUGGGUUAUGUGCUCGUUCUUGACCAGUGACCAAUGACUACCUUACUGACAGACAGUCGGAGACAGACGGGCGAGAAAGUCAGAGUGACAAGAGACGAGUACUCCAAGUAGGGCAAGA